UGGGAUGCGGAUGUAAUUUCCUAAGAAGACGUGGUGCGACUAGUUGAUUUCUUAGUUUUUAGGUUUCUUCUCGGACUGAGCGAAACGCGAGAGAGAUGAUACUACUGCAGUCGGCAUCGAGAUUUCUGCUCCAGGUUCUGUUGAACAGAGUAGAGAAUCUUGACAAAGGAGUUGAAUUGGACUGCCAGUCUGUUGAGUUUGACGAUGUUCGCUAUCAUAUUCAGGUGUCUUUGAGGUAUCCUCAAUUCUUAGUACUAUCGAUGUCACUACCUACUCCUCCCCCAGAAACUAUAUUUGUGGACGGACUUCCUUUCGGAGCCAUUGAAGCUAUCAAGGCGGCAUAUGGCGUGCUUGUACAAAUUCUCGAUCCUCCAAAAGAUGGCUACAAUCUUACGAUGAGAUUAGAUUUGGUACAACUUCCACAAGAUGAAGAGCUUCAAUACGAUCUCUUAGAAAAGGUUGCAUCCGUGAGGGAAGUUGUGUUAGGGGCUCCAUUAAGAGUUGUACUAAAACAUCUUGCUUCAAAGAGAGUUCCUCCAGAUUUGGAUAGACUUAUUGCUCUUGUGCAUCGGCCUAGGGAGUCAUUCUUCCUUGCUCCUGAGGCAGACAAGGUAACUGUGGUGUAUCCAAUGAGAUUCAACGAUUCAAUCGAUACUGUUCUGGCAAUUUCGUUCUUGGAGGAAUUUGUAGAGGCAAGGCGCACUGCUGGACUUAACAACGCCCCUCCAUGUUUUUGGUCUCCCUCUCCUCCUCAAGUGUUAGAAGAAGCUCCUACGGAAGCCUUAUCUGCAAAUUCUGGCUUUGUUACAUUUGUUAUUUAUCCGCGCCAUGUGGAAGGUCGGAAGCUGGACAGAACUGUUUGGAGCUUGUUAACCUUCCAUGCAUAUGUUAGUUAUCAUGUGAAGUGCUCAGAAGGAUUCAUGCAUACGAGAAUGCGACGGCGUGUUGAGUCACUGAUUCAGGCUCUUGAUCGUGCGAAGCCUGAAGGCGAGGAUUUGAAGAAAAACUCACAAAACAAAUCCUCCAAAAGACUGAGCCUGAUGGAAAUUCGCAACAAUUCAAAUUCAUAGAAAUGCAGCAUAUAGCUCAUCGAGGAAAAUGGGACCUUAUGAAGCUUAUUUUGUUUCUUUUCUAAGGAUGUGUGCUGCCUAGGCCAUGGUGUCAAUCGUCCUUCGGAAGAAAGUUCAUUAACAGUAGAUUCUACUUUUGCAGCCAAUAUCUUCUAAGAAAAUCAAAUGUUUGGGUAUUUUUUUUAGGGAUAACCGGAAAUAUCCAUGUCAUUCUAAUAUCUUUACUUGCAGUUGUCUUUCUGACCCUGUUACAAAAACUUUUUUUUUUGUCAUGUUGCAUGGUUAGUAAAGUUUUCCAAUGAGAUUUGAGUUACGUUUGAUUUAUCAACUUCCAAAUUAAGUAAAAUUUGAUUUAUCUGUUAUAAAUCAAUGUUUAUUUAAUAAG